AUGAUACAGGUUCGCUUCCGCAAACUCUUUGUGGGCGGUCUGGACCCCAGCAUCACCGAAGAGGACUUGCGCGCCCACUUCAGCAAGUUCGGCACCUUGACCGGAUGUACUGUGCAUCGCGACCUAGAAACCGGACGGUCGCGCGGAUUCGGGUUCAUCACCUUCGAAGACAUAAUAUCGGUCGAUAGGGUCCAGAGCAGCAGGCCUCAUCACAUCAAGGGGUGCGAGGUGACGGUGAAGAGAGCUGUCCCUAAAGAAUGCUUCCAGGAGUUCGACGGCCUCCUGACAGUGAACCGUCUCUUCGUGGGAGGACUCAAACCAGAAAUGGACGAAAGGACAUUGAAGGAGCAUUUCUCCAGCUUCGGUCUUGUCCGCAAGGUGGAACUCAUGGUGGAUCGACGAACGAACACACCCCGUGGAUUCGCUUUCGUCGAGUUCGAAGACUACGACCCUGUCGACAAAGUGAUGCUUCAUGGGACGACGCACGCCAUCAAGGGACAAGACGUUACCGUCGGAAAAGGUUCUGGCUUUACGUGCAUGUAG